AUGGCACCGAUCCUUGACCAUUUUACGCCUCGCGUUCUCCUCUCAACGCGUUCAUUUGGACUCGGUGGACCGGCUUCUAGCAUGGUAACCAUAGAUAUUGUGAUGACCAGCGUUGCCAUUGCCCUUGUCUUGAAUCGCGUUGUUGUUCGUUUGAUAACAAGCAAGAAACUGGCAUCAGACGACUAUGUUAUCAUCGGGUCAUUGGUCAUCUGCGUGGCGAUGAACACGGUGAAUAUUGUAGCUGUCAAUCAUGGUUAUGGCCGUCCUUCAUCUGAAGUCUCAAAGAGCGAUCUGCAAACGGCCCUUGAAUUGUAUUUCGCUCUCCAGAUGCUUUAUAGGGUGACUAUAAAUAUGACAAAACUGUCAAUUCUCCUGCUCUAUCGCAAGAUUUUCGACACCGAAAGGUUUCGAUUCAAACUCAUUUGUGACAUCUUAUUCAUCUACAUAAUCCUCUACACAAUUGCAACCUUUUUAGUCACAAUUUUCCAGUGUGACCCUAUUCCCAAGGCCUGGAGUAGAGCAAUUCCUGGUUCUUGCAUUAAUCUUACGGCAUUCUGGUACGCGAAUGCUGCGUUGCAUACUUUGACAGAUGUUAUGAUCCUCAUACUCCCUAUGCCGGUCAUUAAGGGGCUGAAGUUACCUCAAAGACAAAAGCUUGCACUGAUUGUGGUAUUUGCCCUUGGUGUAUUUGUUUGUGGAACUUCAAUUACUAGGAUGCUUACCCUUAACACAUCAUCUAAAGCAAGCGAUGUGAAUGAAGAAACAGCACUAUCUACGUUAUGGACGACUAUCGAAGCCAAUACAGCCAUCAUAUGUGCUUGUCUUCCAAUGAUUCGAAUCCCUUUAUCAAAGCUUAUCCCGUCUCUAUUCCCGGCUUUCCAAUACAGUGACAGCAACUCUAUCGCCGCCAGUGAAGCUUCUACGUCAAAGUCUGAUAGCCCUUGUGUUACCGGGUGGUGCUCACUGCAGAGCUCACGAAGUACUUCAAUUUCCGAGAUGCAAACAAUGUUGCCCAAUUCCUACGGUCUUGCCAAUAUCAUCUUCCCAUCCUGGGGAUAG